GAAAAGUAAACAACAACAAAUCGCGCACCUUCCCGAUCAAUUUCCCGUGGUGUGCAAAGUCGCGAUGGAUUUCGAUAGUCCGGAUUGUGUGGAAAAAGAUUUUCCCGGCCUAUACGGUUCCGAUGCUAGUGGGAAAAGCAAAAAGGAUGACAAAGAUUUUAGUGACGCUGAUCCGGAAAAGGUCAGCAAAAAGGAGCUGCUCAUAGGCCGCAGAAAGGAUAAGAAGGAAAAGAAAACAGCUUACGCCACCCUGGAAGGUGAAAGCUCGCCGGAAGAGGAGCUCGAAACAAAGAGCCCGUCGAAAACGAAAAAAUCGAAAACCUUCAAGUUUCCGUCGAAGAGCAAGGAAAAGAGGGAAAAGUCGCGUGAAAAGGACAAGGACAGGCCGGACACGUCGAAGCAGGAGGAAAGCGUGAAACCGCAGGAGAAGGGCGAAAAGGAAAAGGACAAGAAAAAGGACAAGGAAAAGAAGGAAAAGGAGAAGAAGGAAAAAUCGAAAGACAAGAAGGAGAAAAAGCUGAAGCAGGGCAGCGUCAGCGAGGAGGUGCUGGAGCUGGGCGACGCACAGCCCAUCUUUGGCGUGUCGCUGGGCCUGGCAACCGAGCGGAGUCGCUGCCACGACGGCAUUAACCUGCCGCUGGUUGUGCGCGACUGUAUCGAUUACCUGCAGGAGCAUGGUCUGCAGAGCGAACAGAUCUACAAGGUGGAGGCGGUCAAGACAAAGCUGCAGCAGCUGAAGCGUACGUACAAUAACCGCGAGGGAUCGUGCAGCGGUGAGAUGGACGUGCCGAUUGCCUGCGGACUGCUGAAGAUGUUUUUGCGCGAGCUGCCGGAACCGAUACUUACCACCGAUCUGUCGUCGCGCUUCGAGGAGGUGGCCUCCCAUUCGCAGGUUUCCCAGCAGGAGCAGGAGCUGGUGUGCUUGGUCGAGCAGCUGCCCAGCUGCAACCGAACCCUGCUGUCCUGGAUGUUUAUGCACGUCGAUGCCGUGACGCAGAAUGAAGAUUUUACCAAGAUGAACGCGCAGAACAUUGCGAUGCUGCUGAGUCCGACGCUCCAGAUGUCGCACCGCCUGUUCGUGGCGAUACUGUGCCACUGUAGCACGCUGUUUGCCGACACCAUCUUACAUAAGUAUGUUCCACCGAUAACAGCAUCCAGCCCAAAUCUACCCGAAACACCCGAGGAAAUAUCGACCGAGCUAAGAAAGCAGGAAAGUCUGCUGGCACAAAUACACGCCGAAAUGAAUGCCGGCUUUGUGACGAAGAAGCGCGAAGAACAGCUUUGGGAGGUGCAGCGCAUUAUUACACAGCUGAAGCGCAAGUUACGCUCGUUCGAGAAAAAGUCCGACUGCGUACAGAAAAGCCUCGACGACACGGUCGAUGGUGACAUUUCGAUUGAUUUGAAUCUGCAAAAGGCGAAACUGUCCUGCUCGGACGAUGAGUCGUCGAUCAAAACGGUAACAGCGAUCUCGACAGAGUCGGCCACAAACACGGAAGCCAAAAACACACCCCAAGAAACGCCGGACGAAACGGCCCCGGCCGAACGCAAACUGUCCAUAGCCAAUUCGCCCGACACGGCCAUGGCGACGGCGGUGGGCAAAGCGGACGGUGCCGCUGCAGGUCAACCGAUCGCCUCGGAAGCCCCGGUCCCGGUAAGUGAUAAGGUAACCGUGACGGACAACGGGUUUUUGCUGCUGCCCCAAAACCAUCCGGAGUACUUGACGCUCAUACGGCUGCAGCUGGAAAAUCAAGAGCUGGUCAACUGGAAAGCGCAACUGCAGGCCCGCAUUCAAACGGAGCGCAAUGAGAUAGUGAAGAUGAAGAAGCUGCUAGUGGUGGAUGGGUGCGCGAACAAUGCGCCCGCCAGCCUGGACGCCUCGCUGACGGCUAGCGAGGAGUACGAUAAACUGAUGGCACAUUACGUGAAGGAAAAUGCGCUGCUCGAGCAGAAGCGCCAGAUGCUGGCGAAGGAAAUAUUUGAAGAAAACAAGAACCUCAUACAGAUGCAGGUAGAGCUGGCGCUGAACCGAUACAGAAUUUAAGAAUGUGGCUGGAGGGUGGUGUAUGUUGUAGAUGGAUCGAAAUUAGCUCUCUAUCGCUCGCGUAAGCUCAGGUUUAUUCCAACACGCUUAAGCUCGUGCAAUGGAAUACGGUUGAGUGUAAUAUUCUCAAGGCAAAGUGCAUAAUGUUUGAAUUUGAGUAGUUUCCAGUGGAAUCGCGCUGUUUAAAACAUAGCUUUAAGAGGUUUGUUUUUAAGUAUUCAAACAUUUUAAAUUAGCUCUUUUGUGGUAGAUGCUCACAAAAUAUCCAUCACUAGCUUGUUGUCCGUAGAAUAAUCUUUCAAAGACUAUUUAUUAUGUAAAAUAUUAGACGCACACAGUAUAGCAAUGGAGCUCUGCCAACUGCACGGCAACGGGCAACUAAAACGCGAAAGAACAUCAUUUAUAGGAGCAUCAAAACUAGCAUGCAUGAAUCGUCCUCACCUUCAUAUUUGCACUGUGCUCCAAGCGUGCUGAGUGCGCUACUGGUAAAACCGACAUCGCUGUCUGCAAAAGGGGAAGUUGUACAGUUGAAGGAGCGUGAGCAACUUUGGUGUGUUCGAAUUUGAAUUCCCCUUUUCGUUUCUUUUUUUCUUUUUUGCGAGAGCGGUUCCAAAAUGUAUGUUCCUUUCGGCUGUUGUUACAUGCAAGCGAAGGCAACACAAAAAAGAAAAGAAAUAUGCGCGCGCACACAAAACAAAAAUUGUUUCGAGCGGUAACGUGGUGUACCGAGAGAUAAGUAAAUACGGUUCGACGUGGUGGUGACAAUUAGGUGGUGGUACCCUGUGCUGGGGGAUGGAUUUCCACUCAAAUUUUUGCUCAGCAGGCGGCGAAAGAGAAACACACAGUGUGUGCAGUGCAAAUUGCAGCGUGUGUGUAAAGUGGUUGGGUGUGCAAAAACAAAAAUCUGAAAAAUGCUUUUCAUACAAAUGUUGUUUACAGAUUAAACAGUCAAGUGCAAAAGCGAGAACAAACAUGUUUAAAUAAACGGAAAUAUAUUAACCAAUUCACGAAUGUUAA